GGCACCGGCAGCUUCUUCCACGGGCCACGGCACGGCAGCUCGGUCAGUUUAGUUAGUACCGAAACCGAACCGAACUAAUCGAGACCAAACUUAGCCGGUUCCCAAACUCCACAGGAACCGACCGGUUCUAGUUUUGGGGGAACCGAAAUUCUCGAUUCGGUUUGGUUCCGUUUCGGUUCUUCUCGGUUAGACCGAAUGCCCACCUCGAAAUAUGGUCAUCAUGGUCUACAUACAGCACAAACUCGUUAAACUUGUGAACAAUAGACAUCAUCACCAGUGUGUCAGCAUCAGAACUUAAAAUUCUAAGCCCAUCUGCAAGAUCCUUCCCUGGAAGCAACCAAAAAACCUUACAGCUUGUACUCUUUAGAUAAUUAAGCUACCCAAGGAAAUUAUCUAACCAGAGAAGAGACUAACUAUCUGCCUCACAAUGAUCAAAAUAACUGACUUUACCAUCAACAUAAGCCCGUUUAGACCCCAGACCAACGAUGAAACCCCCAUGGUGCAUCACAAUCAGGGGCGAAGCCACGGCAUGCUAGCUUGGUGCACAGGCACCAGGGUAAUACUAACUUUUACCACUAAAUUUACAAAUAUUUACCGUAUAUCACAAGAAAAAAAUUGUUUGUUACCUAAUGGGUGCACUACCUUAAUUUUUAUGUUAGCUUCGCCCCUGAUCACAAUCGUGAACUCAUUACUGUCAGCACCUACAUUGCAUAUACCAAACCAAUUUCAAAGUUUCAGUUCUUUCGAUUUCACAGUGCAAAAAAAUGGUACAAAUCAAAACCCUAACCAACUCAAAAUUGUUGAUUUUGGCUCAAACCUACCAAUACAUCCACCCAGCAAUACCAAACAAACACCCAUUUCACUGGUUAGGGUUCCGAUUAACUCACCAUACACGGGUGGCGGAUCACCUUCCCGCCGCAACGAAGGCGCCAUGACCCCGAUUCGCCGCGGCCGUAGUCAUCGAUGGAUGCCGCGUGGCACAGAUGCCCCUCGAUCCUUCUUCCUCCCUGCUUCCUCUGACUUCACCACCGAUUCCGCCUGAUCGCCGUCCCCGCCGUUCUUGGUCGCUUCUCCCAACCCUCGACGAACUCGAGGGGAGUAGAGGGCGACUUAUGUCAAGCCAAUGGAAAAUAGGGGCCAACUUGCAAAAUGACCACGCCAACCCACUCCCCUCACGUGCCCCAAAACCAGGCGGACGCCACGUUGGCGUGGCCACGUUGACAAAAAGUGCUCCAGUCGCGCUUUGGACCUGUGGUGCACGACUCAAUUAGAUUAGGGACCCAAAAAUGUGUUUUCAAAGUUGAUGGACCUAUUCGACACAGCACUACAAAUUUAAGGACCCCCAUGCAUUUCACUCCUGUCAUUAUUAUAUACAAUCAGUAGAAGUUGUCGGCCUGAUUAACAUUUGUUUUGAUCCAGUCACUCCUACCAAACCAUUGCUUUCACUAAUUCCUGCUGUGUGCAUAUUUUAAGCCAAAAUCAGUUGUGGCUUUACUAAUUCAUUUUUAAUCAAAUGCUUUCACCAUGUUUUAUGCCCGCCCUGACAAGUGACAAUAACAGCAAUGGCCAUUGAGACCAUUGACCAACCGGCGCCUGCCCGAGUUAAGGGCAAGCACUAGUCCAGAAGUAGUCGUCGCGACGUCGCCCUUGCCUGGUCAUUGCUUACCUGUCCAGCCAGCAAAAAUCAAACAACUCUUGUGCUCGCAGCUUUGCAUGCCUAGCACUAACCCUGCCAAGAAUAAUGAAGACCAACAAAUCAAUAACGAUGCCGUCAGAGUAUUAUUCAAAUAAUUCGAAAAACGAAGCUGGCAAAAAUUAAAUAUCCUUUGAACUGAAAUGUCAAUCUUGUUCUGCGCGCCUACACUACAUGCGUGCCAGAAACUCUCAAACACCCCCAAACGAGAUCGAUCUUAGCAGGCUGCUAUAUAUGUAAGCAAAGCUCCUCAACGUUUCUGACAAGCUGUCAGCACAGAAACGCAUCGAUCUAUCAAUUCGAAUUGAGAAACUUUUUUUAAAAAAUAGAAUUGAGAAAGGAAGGCGCACGAUCGAAGUCUAAGCAUGGCGAGUCCGGCGAAGGCGGCUCUUGUCGCCGCCGUCGCGUUGGUGGCCGUCGCGCUGGAGGUCGGGCUCGUCGGCGCCAACUUCCGGGACGACUGCGACAUCACGUGGGAGCCGCAGAACGCCAAGAUGGACGAGGGGGGCAACCACCUCACGCUCUCCCUCGUCAGCAACUCCUCUGGCUGCAUGCUCCGGACCAAGAAGCAGUUCAUCUUCGGCAGCGUCUCGACUCGGAUCAAGCUGGUCAAGGGCAACUCGGCCGGCACCGUCACCACCUACUACACGUCGUCCAUCGGCGACAAUCACGACGAGAUCGACUUCGAGUUCCUGGGCAACGAGACCGGCCAGCCCUACACCGUCCACACCAACGUCUUCGCCGACGGCGUCGGCCAGAAGGAGAUGCAGUUCCGGCCGUGGUUCGAUCCCACCGCGGACUACCACAACUACACCAUCUUCUGGAACGAGUGCAUGAUCGCGUGGUUCAUCGACAGCAUCCCGAUCCGCGUGUUCCGGAACUACUCGGCGCAGGGCGUCCCGUUCCCGACGCGGCGGCAGAUGUACGCCUUCUCCAGCAUCUGGGCGGCGGAGGACUGGGCCACGCAGGGCGGCCGCGUCAAGACGGACUGGACCAAGGCGCCCUUUGUCGCCGAGUACCGCGACAUCAACUUGCAAGUCUGCGACUGCGCCACCUCCGGCGGCGGCGCCGCCAGGUGCCCGGAGAGCUGCGCGUCGCCGGCCAACUGGUACGCCGCGCCGGACCUGUGCCAGCUGAGCAAGGCGCAGCUGCGGCAGAUGCGCGCCGUGCAGCUCGGCUACACCAUCUACGACUACUGCGCCGACGGCAAGAGGUACAACGGCACGGUUCCGCCCGAGUGCAGCAUGCAGCAGUACUAACCAGAUGAGUUGAGAGUGAUCGAUGCAAUGCAACACAUCAUAUGUACACUGAAUUCAUUUUUCUUUUUCUGUUUGACCUUCGAGUUUUGCACGUAUUUUGUGUAAUAUGCAGUAGUGUUAUUGGUUUAAUUUGUUGAUUAUGGUGGUGUGUAUCAACAAUUAAAUCGUUUUUUCAUUUAUUUUUAUUGUGUUAUUAUAUAAGUUUUUAAAUGAACCAGACUGAAGAGAGCUGCAUAUUAUA